AUGGAAUGUAUCAUUGAUGAGUUACCUAUAGAUGUUGCGACACGAAUUGGCGAAUUGGACAGGCAACUGAACGCUCUAACUUCAACUGGAUUUGAUGACACUAGCAUUGUAACGCUCAACAGUGAUAACAAAUGUCCAAAUUUGGAAAAAAUUUCCUCAUGGCUUAGUACUCUAUCAACUGAAUUGGACGGGACCCUUGACAUUGGCCAGAACAUCAAGUGUCUACUAAGGGUUAUAUGCGAAGGCAGCACUCUUGAAAUCCAACAGCUUUCAGUACUAGUCCAUAGAUUUAUAGACAAUUUACCUGCCAACACAGUGUCACUAUCACUAGACAAAAUACAGCUGUUGAUACCUGUGUUAAUGACCAAGAAGAGUUUGGACAAGAACGGCAAUAUACCAUUCUAUUGGGAAUCCCCUUAUAUAGAAACCUUUCCUGACUUCCAAAAAGAGGCCAUCAAGAGAGAUAGAAAGGUCAAGUUUAGUAUUGUAAGGAAAUAUCGUGCCAUAGUCAAAGUUAAGGAAUCAUUGAUUUCGGGGAAAUAUGAAGCCAUCGACAAGGCUAAUGAGGCGCUCAAUAAAAUUUUGAAGUUGGAGUUAGUUGAGAAAGAGAAGCUGGCCAGGAGAAAGAGUUUGGAGGAAUUAAGGGAAAGGAACGAAGCUAUGAAAGAGUCCAAGAAGCGUGUAAAGGAGCUACAAAUGGAAGCGAAGAAGAAAGAAGCUGAGGCCAAGAAAAGGGAAAAGGAAUUGAGGUUGGAGGCUAAAAAGCGCGAGAUCGAGAGCAAAAAAUUACAGCAGAUGGAAGAAAAAGCUACAAAAUUCACAAAAAUUGAAAAAAAAAUUUCCAAAUUCAACAUGCUUCUCAGCUGGCUCAAACCUCAGCAGCCCGAAGAAGAGGCCAUGCAAGAUGAAUCUAUGGACGAAGACAUCCUCCAGUACUCAAACCACCUGGAUUGUGAUCCACAAUCCAGAAAGUUGUACCUAAAAGUUGUGUCUGAUCUACCCAAUGUGGGACAAAAUUACCAAAGGAAGCUAUUUUUAGAUCUAACACACCCAUUACCUCGGGAACAAAUAUUGGAUGAGUUGGAACAAUUUAUAAUCACUACUUGCAAAGAGCACAGGGAGAAGUGGAAUCGUUACAUGUCAUUCGUUUCAAACCCAAUUUUUGAACCAUUGGAGUCAACUAGUGGCACAGUUGUACAGAUAAAUUGUGGCAAGAAUACUACAAACCACAUAUACCUGGACGAAUCGCUCCCCGAUAGGGAGAAUUGCACACCGUUCUUCAUGUAUGACAACAUGUGGAAGAGGCCAUCGAUGAAAUUGAUUGUAAAUAAACGCUCCACGAAAAUAAAUACUUUAAACCCGCUGGCGCAGGAGCCAAUAGAUUACUCUACAGAUACGGACGACGAAUGGUUUGAGCAGUGCGACUUUGACAACGUGGACGAUUCUGGAUCGGAAGAAGAAGAAGAUGAAUUUGAGGAUGAUGAAUGGCUGGUUCCGGAUAGGGAAUCUGACAUGUAUGGGGUUAACUCUGGCAAUCAUUUAUCCAAUUGUGCCGCUAUAUAUUGUGAUUGCGGCUGGGAUUGGACCUUAGAUGGUGUGCCGAUCGUGUCAUACCAAAUUCCCGGUGGCUACAACGGCUUUUACGGGUUCAACGAUGCUUCUUUCAACCCCUUGGAGUUGUCUAUUCAGGGCAGAAAAUUUGACAUCAGUUCUGCGCAGGAAAUAGAAAUCAUUCAGUUCUGCCACGGUAAAUCUUGUUCCCGCGACAAAUUGAUUGAAGACCUGAAGUGCAUGCCCAUUCUAAUGCUCGUUCCUAAGGCUGCGAUAAUUAGGUGUAUAAACAAGAACAUCAUUAGACAGAGGGCGGGCAAUAAGACCACCUGGAUCAUAGCACCGGAGGCGGUUGAUAGAUUAAAGGGUUCUCUCACCUUAAUGGCCGACUCCGUAAACAAUGCACCACAUACAACGUCCGAACCAUCGCCUCUGCCCAAUGCAUCUAGUGGUCUUGUACAAACUACACUAUAG